ACGACACCAAGAAAUUCACAAACCACACGAGACCGCGAUGAGGGUGUCAAACUCGUGCGACGGAUGCGCCCUGCGGAGGGUACGCUGCGACACCAAGCGCCCGUGUCGCGAAUGCAUCUCGCGCUCUCUCGAGUGCACCUUUCUACGCGCCCGCAAGAAGCGAGGGCCAAAGGGUCCGCGUCCCGCCACCUUUCACAAGGUACAGCAGGCGCAGCAGCAGUUUGAGCAGCAGCGCCGGUUCUGGGACCGGCCCGAACAUGAUCAUGAGAUCGAGGGCACCAGCGAGCCUACGACAGCCAGCACCCCUGGCUCCAGCCCGAGGUCCUCGCGAGAAGUAAACGGCCCGCACACCGAGAGGCUGCCCAUCGACGCCUAUUUUCGCUAUCUUCAGAUUUUCGACGAGCGUCUAUGCGCUGUUUGGCCAGUUGUCUCGGCGGCUGAGCUGACCGGGAGGUUGCUUGCCGAUGGGAACGACUACGAGGCCUGGGCGCUCGUAGCAUCGCUAUGCGCCGCGACGAUAGCGCAACUUCGGCUGCCAGAGCACAGUUCGCUCCCAAGAGACGGCUUCUCGUCGCACGACUUUGUCACGGAGGCCCGAUACCUGCGCGGGCUGUACGACUACCGUGAGAACUGCAACGCGGCUUCGGUCCUGACACCAUUCUUCCUACACAUCUACUUUGCCAACGCCGAUAAGCUGCGCACAGCGGGCAUAUACCUGCGUGAGGCCAUUGCCUUUGUACACGCUCUAGGCCUCGACCGGUUGGAGGUGUAUGGUUCCAUGGAUGGAGAUGAGAGGGCGUUGAUGCUGAGGCUGUUUUGGCUUGUCUUUAUUUCAGAAAGGACAUUUUGCGCGCAAAACGAGUACCCAACCAUACUGGAACCUAUCGACGAACUUCCCCCUGACGAGGACGGCCGGGACGUCACCGGGGCGUUUGCGAGCCUCACCCGCGUCUUCGCGCACCUUCAGGGAGACGUCAUGGGUCGGCCAUCGCGGCGCGGCGCCGGUCUAGAUUCGCGGAAAGUCGCGACAGCCCAGUCAGCCCUGUGUCUGGACCGGCACAGCCACGUUCUGUCCGAGGUACAGCGCGUGGAUCUGUUCGUCACGCAGCAAUGGAUACGGCUGCUGAUCUGGGAGUACACGAUGAGGCACUUCAAGAUGUCGCGCGAGUCGAGCGACCAAGCCUUUUCGCUGCUGCUACCAAUGAUUAUUGCGCGAGAGCUGCUGUCGUUGCUGUGCGCUGUGCGAACGGAAUCGAUUCGCGCGCAUGGAUAUGGGAUGGAACUCAAGGUAUACCGCGCCGCGGAUACUGUCAUUGACCUUCUUGCGUGCUCGCCGGCGAUCGACCAUGAGCACGGCAUGUGCUUUGGCCUCGACGACGUGCUCUGCUCGCUCAAGGACGUGCUGGUUGGCGUGGGUGGGCCGAGAUCGAUGUUUGUUGAAAAGGUCAAAGAGCGCAUGGCGAGCUCUGAGAUGGGCGACCGACCCUGGCCGUAUGCUACAAUGGCGCUGCCCUCCCGCAGUUAUGAAGUGAGGCGUGAGGCGACGGAUGAGGACAGCUGCGCUGGGCAUUCGUUCGAGCAGGAUGACCGGUUGGCGGUUGCCGCGGAAUGAUCGUGGCAGAGCAGCAACAUACAGUAUACAUGCAGCACAUUUAUGAGAGAAUGACACCAAACAUUAGGGGGGAAGUUGUUAGUUGGG